CAUGUACCUGCUUUGACGGCGCGCUGGUGUGACGUCACUUCCGCGUGCUAGCUCUAGGGCGAAGGGGCGUGGCUCCGUCCUUUGCCUCUCCUCCCGCUUCCAGUCACUCAGGGUAUUCCGGACUUCCUACCAGUGUGGAGCAAUGGCAACGCAGGACUCCUCGGCAGUGGCUGAGCUGUGCCAGAAUAAACGGCAGGAAUUCUUGGACGCCUCCCAGCUGCUGCUCACCUAUGCAGACAAUAUACUCAGGAGUCCAAAUGAGGAAAAAUACAGAUCAAUUAGGAUUGGAAACACUGCAUUUUCUACCAGACUUUUGCCUGUCAGAGGAGCAAUUGAAUGCUUAUUUGAAAUGGGAUUCGAAGAGGGAGAGACACACCUGGUGUUUCCAAAAAUGGCUUCUGUUGAAAAACUUCGUAAAGUCAGGGACCAUAUAGCCACAGAAAGGAAUAGCAGAAUGACUGGAGCAAACCCUACGCCACCAGCUACAUCCAGUACACCGCCAUCAUUCAGCAGAACCCCUGUACCAAAUGCAGUUCCUCCAAGUAUACCCCUACAAGCAACAGAGGAUAUAUCCAAUUUCUUGGCAUCUGAAGUAAGAUAUUUAAAGACCCUUCAGUCCAACUCACAACGUGUGUUAAUUUAUGAGGAGCCUGAACUUCAGCAAAAAGCUUUACAGAAAAUUCCAGUUUCGGAUUUGAAAACGAGAGCCCAGAAAAAUCUUAUUGAAGCUAAAAGUCUUGACUCUGAUACCAGUGUGAUUUUAGAAGAUUUUUUAUUGCUGGAGCUUCUUCGCUGGUUUAAGCAGGACUUCUUCCAGUGGGUCAAUAGCCUGCCUUGCAGUCGCUGUGGUGGGGACACUCAAGCACGAGAUGCUUUGUCGCCUUCUGCUGAAGACCUGCGCUGGGGAGCAGAUAGAGUGGAAAAUCAUUACUGUGAGAAGUGUAAACACAGCAACCGUUUUCCAAGAUACAAUCAUCCUGAAAAGCUUCUGGAAACUAGACGUGGGCGUUGUGGAGAGUGGGCAAACUGUUUCACCUUGUGUUGCAGAGCUUUAGAAUUUGAAGCACGAUAUGUGUGGGACUCUACUGAUCAUGUCUGGACAGAGGUGUACGCUACGUCUCAGAACAGAUGGCUUCACUGUGACCCUUGUGAAAAUGCUUGUGAUAAACCACUUUUGUAUGAAGUUGGAUGGGGCAAGAAGCUUUCCUAUAUUAUUGCCUUCUCCAAAGAUGAGGUCAUGGAUGUUACCUGGAGAUAUUCAUGCAAGCAUGAAGAUGUGAUCGCAAGAAGAAAAGAUGUGCGGGAAAGUUGGCUAAGGGAAACAAUUGUUGGUCUCAACAAAAUGAAGCAGCAGUCCUUACCAGAACACAGAAAGCAGGAACUUCUUGGAAGACUGAUUGUGGAGUUGGUUGAAUUCAUGUCUCCAAAGACUCCUAAACCAGGAGAACUCGGUGGAAGGGUGUCCGGAUCACUAGCUUGGAGAGUGACACGAGGUGAAACCAGUUUACAGCCGAACAAAAGCGUUGUUUUUAUUCCAUCUGAGAGUGAGAAAAUCAGCAAGCGUUUCCAUCUUCAGUAUAAUGUAGUUGAAGAUACCUAUACACGUGCCUCAAAUAACAAUGAGGUUAUCGCUGGUUGGGAAAAUGGAACCUGGAAAGCGGAGUCUAUUUGUAGAAAAGUUGAGAAUGAUUGGAAAAUGGUUUACUUGGCUCGCACUGAGGGUUCCUCGUCAGCUGCCAUUAGCUGGAAGAUAGAAUGUGCUUCAGCAGGACUCCAAAUUGAAAGUCUAAGUGUCCGCACCAGUAGUCAAACCUUUCACAAUGGUAAAAUAAUAUGGAAGUUGUCUUCUCCAGAAGCAGAGGUGGAAGUGAACAGUGAUACAAGUUUUCAUUCUUACACUGAGUUUUUAAAUGCGUCAGAAGUUGAGUUGAAAGCGGAGUUGUGCGACGGUGAUGGAAAUACAGCAUGGCAGCAUACACAGAUUUUCCGUGAAAAAUUAGACUGUAAAGCAAACUCUUUGGAGAUUAUUAUAAUAUUGAAGGAUGUUUAGGAAUUUUACUUAUUACAAAGAACUGCAUGUGGAAAUAUUUGUCUGUUUGGCAGAGUAAUAAGUAAAUAUUGUUUUAAAGUGGCACUGUCAUCAAAAUACAAAUUUUUUACCUGUAAACAUUGUUUAAAGUUAUGUAAAGUAUUGAUGUUUUGCAGAAACAUUUAAUUGCUGUCUCUUAUUGUGCUUUUGUGAAGAAAAAAAUGGAUUUCCUGGUACUCAUGUGCAUAUUUCUGUUCUGUUAAAUAACCUACAAUCACUUCAUGUUUAAUGGCAGGGAAUCUAAAUACACACUCAGGGUAUAUAAACCUUGGUGAGACAAGGUCCCUGGUCCUAAGUCCUAAAAGGUGCAUUUAUUACACAGCUACCUAGAGGGAUCUAUAUCUUAUUUAGCUAUAAGUUGAUAAUAUUUUGGUAAAGGCCACACUGUAGGCUUUAUUUCCUUUUUUUUUUUUAAUUUAAAUUAUGACUCCAUAGUAAAAAGUGCCAGAAAAUAUACUUUUUCAAGAUUACAUAACUUUGACAAACAGUUGUAUCCCAUGUACCAUAGAUGCAGGCUGUUUUGCUCUAACUUAUAUGUAUAACUAGCAUUGCGACUGAAUGAUAACGUGCAUAGCAGCAUGUUGUUCUUCUUUGCAGUAUUAGCAAUGUCUUUGUUAAAAAAAAAAAUCCUUGGCACUGUUAGAAGUGCCAUAUUGGCUGCAAAUGAUAACGCUUUUUUGUAAUCCAGGUCCUGAGGCAGAAGAGCAUCCCUACACAAAUUACACUACGAACCUCAGGUUUGACUAAUGGUUUGAUAUUCUUUCAGUGGAAAGCUUUAUUUGCCAUACACCAGCUAUAUUGGACCUAUAUUGUUCAAAGAGUUUACCUUUGACAUUAUAUUUGCCUAAUGGUUUGAGGCUCAUCGAGGUGUUUUUGUAUUUUUUUGCAACAAAGACACUACAUAUUUGCAGCAGAGAACUUUAGUUAUAUUCCAUAUCUAAACUAGAGAUUGAUUUAAGGUUUUCAGCGCAUCAGGUGCCUGUAAAAACACACCACAGCAUUGAUCAUAUGGAAACCUGGAAUUGCAGAAUCUACACAGGUUGGCACAAUAGUAUUGGUUAUGCCGGCACCAUAGAUUCUACAGCAUAUGAUACUUAAAGGGUUCAAGUCUGGAUGGAUAAAAACAAGUAAAGGCAUACUAUAUUAUAAUGUGGGUGUUGUGAUUAAUAUACAUAAUUUUAGAUAGAUGGUAGAUAUGCAUAGGUGUGCACAGUGCCACACUUUCUUUAUAACGUGUCCAGAGCAGCAUGUAUAGGAAAACAAAAAUGUUUUAAAAGAUAAAUUACCACAACCCACUGUCACAAUUGGGGUAAAUCUGUUGGUGGCAGAGCUGAAGGGUAGACACGUGUGCAAAGACUGUCCUGUCCUGGGGUGAGCAGAGGGCUGUGCCUAGGGUGAACCAGAAUUUUUGCAAAUAAAAAAAAAAGUGGCUAUCAUUUUCUUUUCACUAUUUACAUUGUUUUCUGGUAAUAAAUGCUUUUUGUUUUGAGGUAUCUCUUUAAAUGUAAAAUAUUUAUAAACCAGGGAUUAGGUCUGUUUAUUUUCUGUUAAACAAUGUAUAAAGACAGACUACUAUGUGCAAAGAACAUUUUUAUUAGAUUUAUGCAUAUGUAAGAGCAAGUAUGCAGAUAUUCUGUGACUAUCUUCAAAUCUAUAUUAGACUGUGGCAUGAUUGUCACUUUUAUAGAUAUUAUUCUUUUCUAUUUGGCUUGUAGAAAGUCUGUGGUACUGGACCUAUCAUCAGCUUUCUUUUCUGUUUAUCUAUUGCAGUGGGACUGGAGGGUUUUAAAUUUUAAGCUAAUGGAAUUCGGUGGUUUUUCAAAUGGCAUAUACAGUAUACGCCAGUAUAGAGAAGGCAGUUUGCUACCUUUCACACCUUAAAUGUAUGUUUGUUGACCACACACAGAGCAAAUUUAAAUGUGAAAAUACAUA